AUGCUUCCGGAGAAGAAACUCAUCUUGGUCGUUGGCGCUACCGGCGCUCAAGGCAUGCACGUUUGUGCGUCCUUAUUGGCGCCUAGCCCGGAUGGCACACCCUCCCCGUUCGCCGUCCGCGCUCUGACCCGUGAUCCCAAUAACAAGAGAGCAAAGGCGCUUGCAGCCAUGGGUGCUGAAAUUUAUCAAGGCUCGUUCUAUGACAUGCAGGCUGCCAAACACUUCAUGGACGGGUGCUACGGCGCUUUUAUCAACACCGAUACCUAUACUGUCGGCGAAGAAAAGGAAAUCUGGGCGGCUAUUAAGCUUUACGAAACUGCACGUCGAACACACACUAUGCGACAUUGGGUGUUCAGUAAUCUCGACUAUGGAAGCAAGCUAGGGAACUAUAACCCCACAUACAAGUCUGAGCACCAUGAUGCCAAGGGCAUUGUGAACGACUGGCUGAAAGCCCAACCUUCGUUUACGGAUGAUGGGAUGAGCUGGACGUCGUUGACGACGUCUGUGUACAUGGAGAUGUUGCAAUAUCCUCUCUGUGGACCACUAAACAUCCGUGAAGACGGUACCUACGUCUUCGCAAGCCCGAUACAAGAUGGGCACAUCCCUAUGAUCGCUCUAUCGGACCUAGGCUGGUGGGCACGAUACGUCUUCGAACACCGCUCAGAAACCUCCGGACGCGAGCUCUUCGUCGCCAGCGACUGGGUCUCCUGGGACUACCUUGUCGAUACCUUCCAAAAAGUGACCGGGAAGCGUGCGAUCCACCGCCGUCUCUCCCUCGACCAAUGGUUCGCCUGCCUUUCAGGCCACGAACGCCCCGUUGCGAACGAGAAGAACUUAGGUGAUGGGUCAACGACAAUUAGAGAAAGCUUUACAGGGUUUUGGUCGUUGUGGAGGGAUGAUGUUGUCAAGAGGGAUUUCGACUGGAUCCGCAGUGUGCAUCCUGGGACGCUGUCUCUCGAGGAUUGGAUGAGGAGGACGGGGUACAACGGUAUCGUCGGCACGACGACGUUGAAGAACGCAGAAGAUGGCAAGGGGCGGAUAAUCAGAGAUAUGGUCGUGUCAUCUUUGCUAUAG